AUGAAAUAUCCCCUCAAAUAUUGGAUAAUGGUUCAUGAUAAAGGAGAGGAAGAUUUGAUAAAAUAAAAUCUUGAUAACAGACAGAAAAUAUAAAGAUACUUAUCUAUUUUAAAAAAGUUGUUUUUAAUUUCAAAUGCAUACUCAUAACCACAAGCAUGUAAUUUGAGGAAGCCAAUUCAAUUUCAAUGUUAAGUAUUAGAGGAAGAAAUCUUAGAAUAACUAAACACUAUUUAGUUUUGUAGGCAACUACCUGCGACAGAAGACGAGUUGGUUAAGUUGAAUAUGGAUAAAAUUAGAAAUUCGAAUAAUGCUGAAUUACAUAGAUUAUUUUUAAAAGAAGCUUAUUUAUUAUAACCUUGCUGUACUCACAUUCUAAUGUCUUUUAAAUAAGAGGAAAGUUCUAAUUGUCCAAGAUAUUGCUUUGAUAAAUGGAAAUGGAAAUUGAAGUCUACAUUGAACCUACUCUACACAUUUGGUAGAUGUAUAGUAAAUUUAUUCCAAAUCAUUAUCUUUGAUCCAAUUUGUAAUACCUCAGGUAGAAUCCUAUAUCAUCUUCUUUUGCUGAAUACUGCAUUAAAAUUAAAAGAUUUUAGGUUUCUGAACUACCAAUCUAAAUGA